GCUGUGCUGCAGCGCGGGGGUGAUUUUGGGCUGAACCCUCAUUUCCUCUGUGCGUUGCUCAGUGCACAGCCUGGGAGCUGAUGAGGCUUGGCUACACCCUGCGGUGAGUGCCCAUCCCUGCUGGGCCUGCAGCUCACCCUCCCCUCAUCACCCCCAGUGUGUUCAGAUCCCAAAUCCAGCAGCAGGUGAGCAGACGGAGCACCUGGGUCCCUGUCCUCUGUCUUGGAGCCCCCUGCUUGGGAGCGAUGGGGGACUGGAGCAUGCCCAUCGGCUCGCUGGGCGAGGAAGUGGUGGCCCGGCUGUGCGAGCUGCUGGACAACGCCGGCCGGGGCUGGCGCAAGCUGGCCGAGCUGGUCGGGGCCGAGAAACGCUUCAGGUGCAGUGUGGAGGAGCUGGAGAUGUGCUCGCUGAAGGUGCUGGAGCCCCGCGGCAGCCCCACACAGUGCCUGCUGCAGCUCCUGGCCGAGCGCGACUGCACCCUCCGGUACCUGCUGGGCUGCCUGGAGCGCAUGGGGCACGAACAGGCCUGCCGGGUGCUCAGCUCCGCCGUUCAGGACAUGAUUCGCAUCACGGUGCAGCCAGAGUCGCAGGUGGUGGUGGAGGGGACACAGGUGUCCCUGACCUGCUGUGCGACUGGCCCGCCAGGGCUCGUGUACCAGUGGUUCUGUGGGAGGCAGGAGGUGCCUGGAGCCACAUCCCCAGAGCUGGUGAUCGACACAGCCACUCCUGCAGGCCAGUGGUACAUCUGCAGAGUGAACUGUGGGGCCACCUUCACCUUCUCUAGGUGGGCUCAUGUGCAGGUGGAGAAGAGCAGCCCCAGCUCAGCCAGUGGCUACUGCCCGAGCAUGGCAGGGCUGCAGAUCCUGCGGCAGCCGCAGCCGUGCCACCUGGCUGAGGGGGACACGCUGGUGCUGGAGUGCAGAGCCAUUGGCAACCCCCCACCCCAGUACCAGUGGUUCAGGAACCGGCGCCCCGUGGAAGGGGCACAGGCACCCCAGUUCCAGGUGAAGCUGGUGACAACAGCCGAGCGGGGGAGCUACUCCUGCCACGUGUUCAACCUCUUCCACGAGGUGUGGAGCCAGGAGGUGGAUGUGGAGAUUGGCCCACGGCUCUUCACCUCUGGAGGCUCCUGGCAGGAGGGGGAUGGAGGCUCCCAAGAGCAUGGCAGCCUUGGACAGCUGUAUGCCACGGACAAAGUGGCGCUGCUGAUUGGCAACAUGCACUACCUGUACCACAAGCAGCUGCAGGCGCCCAUCGUGGAUGUUCACGCCCUCGGUGCCCUCCUGUGCCAGCUCGACUUCAAGGUGGUGUCCCUGCUGGACCUGCGCAAGGCUGAGAUGCAAAUGGCUGUCGAUGAGUUCCUCCUCCUCCUUGACAAGGGUGUCUAUGGUGCGACAGCACCCUCCAGGGUAGCUCCAGCGCAGGGGGAGCUGGGUGGUUUUACGGUGGAGUCUUUGGGUGCAGCCAGGCAAGAAGCAGGUGCUGGCAGGUCAGGGGAUGUACCAUGUCACCUGCCCUCUGUUCCCCCAGCAGGUUUGCUCUACUAUGCCGGGCAUGGCUAUGAAAAUUUUGGCAACAGCUUCAUGGUACCCAUCGACGCGCCCAGCACCUACACGUCAGAGCACUGCCUGUGCGUGCAGCAGGUGCUGCAGGAGAUGCAGCAGCGCCACACUGGCCUCAACAUCUUCCUGCUUGACAUGUGCCGCAAGAGGAACCUCAAUGAUGACAUCAUCCCGCAGGUUGGGGCGCUGGAGGUCACGGCCAACAUCGUCUUUGGCUAUGCCACGUGUGCAGAUGCCGAAGCCUAUGAGCUGAGCCAGGAUGAGCUCUCCAAUGGCAUCUUUGUCACCUUCCUCAAGCGCUGGCUGCUGGAGGAUGAGAAGAUCACGGUGCUGCUGGACAAGGUGGCCGAGGACAUGGGCACUCUGGAGAUCACACGGGGCCGGCAGGCACUGGAGCUCCGUAGCAACCUCUCAGAGAGACGAGCUCUGACAGACCCCAUCCGCCCCCCAGGCCAGGAUGAGUCCUCUGCCAGGAACCUGCAGUGGGCCAAGGCUCACGUCCUGCCGGAGAGCCAGCACCUCUGCUUUGACUGUGGUGUCACUGUCCAGCUGGGCUUCGCUGCCGAGUUCUCCAACAUUAUGAUCAUCUACACGCGUGUGGUGGCUGCCCCUAAGGACAUCACCAAGUGUGAGGCCCGGCUCACUGAUAUUCCUGAGGAGCUGGAUGUGGACCUCAAGUGUACCAACAAGGAGAGCCCAGAGGAGCUGGGCAGCCCGCUGGCACCCGUCUGGAGCCUCGGCUGCCCCUCCUGCUGCCUCUACAGCCGGAUCUGUGGCUUGCAGAAGCUGCAGCAGGAGCUGGCCUUCACCGUGUGCCUGCAGUACCGCUACCAGGGCAUGGAUGACUUUGUGGAGGAGUCGCAGCGGGUCAACGUGGGGCGGCCGCUCAUUGCCAAGCUCAACCUGCAGUGGGCGGCCCCCCCCUCACCAGCCCACAGCCCCCUCUGCCCCUCUGCCCCCGGGAGCUGGGGGGUAGGGGAGAGCUCAUGGGUCAACACUCCUGAGGAGAACCUGAGCCCUGAGGGCCCCACCCUGUAGAGGGACAGUGAGGCCCCAACCCUAUCACCGCAGUCCACUGGCACCAUGCCUGUCCUGCUGGGGGGCCAGGGCAUGGACGGGGUGCAGAUGACAUGCACAGAGGCUGGCCUCCAUCCUGGCCUCUGCCAAGGGGUGCAGGUCUCACAGCACAGCACAACAGGGACUGUAGGCUCCACCCACAUGUCUCUGGCAUGGCAGUGCCACCUCCCCAUUCCUGGGAAUGGCAAUGCCACCUCUUCAUCCCUGGGCAGUGCCACCCCUUCAUCCCUGGGCAGUGCCAGCCCCAUGUCCCUGGGCAGUGCCAGCCCCACAUGCCAGGGCACCACCAGGCAGUGCAGGGGCAGAGUGCCAGAGACCACGGCUCAGCGGGCUCGAGGCGUCGUGCCAGGGCAGGGCUAGGUUCAUUCAGGCCUGGGAGAAAUAGAGAGAAAUAAGCAGCUUAGGGGGCAAAUCCCGCGGGAGGAGAUUACAGGGGUGAGAGCAGGAGGGCUCCUGCUCGGCCACGAGGGGGUGGGAGCACCCCCUGGUACCCCCAGUGCUCCCAGCAGCACCCACUCCUCACAGUACAGUCCCAGGAACCGGCCCCAUCUGGGCAGUGAGCAAUUUCAGGACAGGACUGGAAUCUAAGGGGGGGGGGGGGGGGGGGAAAUUCCUUUUUGCUUGAAUUUUUCCCACACAAACUCCCACAUACUGGGGCAGGCUCCAGUGGGUAUCCACCGGGGAAAGCACCAAUAAAGUGAUCCGGGCAGGCGGCUCGGUGCUUCUGCGCCC